AUGCAGUGCCGCCGGCAGGAGCACCAGGACAUGCACCGGCUCAAGUUCUUCUGCAAGAACUGCAGCUUCAGUGCGGGCGGGUACGCGUGCGAGGUCUGCAAGGUCCGCUUCAACAUGCAGUGCCGCCGGCAGGAGCACCAGGACAUGCACCGGCUCAAGUUCUUCUGCAAGAACUGCAGCUUCAGUGCGGGCGGGUACGCGUGCGAGGUCUGCAAGGUCCGCUUCAACAUGCAGUGCCGCCGGCAGGAGCACCAGGACAUGCACCGGCUCAAGUUCUUCUGCAAGAACUGCAGCUUCAGUGCGGGCGGGUACGCGUGCGAGGUCUGCAAGGUCCGCUUCAACAUGCAGUGCCGCCGGCAGGAGCACCAGGACAUGCACCGGCUCAAGUUCUUCUGCAAGAACUGCAGCUUCAGUGCGGGCGGGUACGCGUGCGAGGUCUGCAAGGUCCGCUUCAACAUGCAGUGCCGCCGGCAGGAGCACCAGGACAUGCACCGGCUCAAGUUCUUCUGCAAGAACUGCAGCUUCAGUGCGGGCGGGUACGCGUGCGAGGUCUGCAAGGUCCGCUUCAACAUGCAGUGCCGCCGGCAGGAGCACCAGGACAUGCACCGGCUCAAGUUCUUCUGCAAGAACUGCAGCUUCAGUGCGGGCGGGUACGCGUGCGAGGUCUGCAAGGUCCGCUUCAACAUGCAGUGCCGCCGGCAGGAGCACCAGGACAUGCACCGGCUCAAGUUCUUCUGCAAGAACUGCAGCUUCAGUGCGGGCGGGUACGCGUGCGAGGUCUGCAAGGUCCGCUUCAACAUGCAGUGCCGCCGGCAGGAGCACCAGGACAUGCACCGGCUCAAGUUCUUCUGCAAGAACUGCAGCUUCAGUGCGGGCGGGUACGCGUGCGAGGUCUGCAAGGUCCGCUUCAACAUGCAGUGCCGCCGGCAGGAGCACCAGGACAUGCACCGGCUCAAGUUCUUCUGCAAGAACUGCAGCUUCAGUGCGGGCGGGUACGCGUGCGAGGUCUGCAAGGUCCGCUUCAACAUGCAGUGCCGCCGGCAGGAGCACCAGGACAUGCACCGGCUCAAGUUCUUCUGCAAGAACUGCAGCUUCGUCUCCAGAAACAGGUUGGAUAACUCUUAUUAUUGUCUAUGA